AUGGGAUCCGAUUUCGAAGCCCUUUGUGAAUCGGACGACAAUGGCCGUCAAGCCCAAGCCGAUGAAACGUCAGAUCCUUCAGCCGCUACAGUUACUUCCGCCGAGAAGAAUCACGAGGGGGUGAGCGCAGCCAACGGCGAGGCGUUAGAACCAGGCGAUGAAAAGAAGCUAGCAGAGAGCAAGGAAGCGGCGAAGGAAGAGGACGUACCGCCGGUGUAUUACUGGCAGCUGUUCAAGUUUGCGGAUAAAUGGGACAUUCUGCUCAUGAUCGUGGGAUCCGUGUGCGCCGUCGGGCUCGGCAUGGCCAUGCCCAUGAUCUCGCUGCUCUUCGGCGAGUCGCUCAAGUUCCUUUACUUGGCCAUUGGAGCCGCCGUGGCCGCAUAUCUCGCGUCGUUCCGCUUCUGCCCCACCGUGUUUGCUAAUCUCCUGUCCUUGCGUUCCCUCGCUUCCGUCUCGAGGUCCACGACCACACCCCUCCCCUCACUCCUCCUUUCGUCUUCGCUUUCAUCUCGAGAGAUGGCGUGCUGGAUGACGACGGGCGAGCGGCAGGCGGCGCGGGUGCGGCGGCGGUACCUGGCGGCGGUGCUGCGGCAGGACAUGGCGUACUUCGACCGGCGGCUGAGCACGGGCGAGGUCAUCGGGCACAUGUCGGGCGACAUCGUGCUCGUGCAGGACGCCAUGGGCGAGAAGGUGGGCAUAUUCCUGCGGUUUAUGGCGCAGUUCGUGGGCGGGUUCGUGGUGGCGUUCAUCGCGGGGUGGCAGCUGACGCUCGUGAUGCUGGCCGUGCUGCCGCUGCUGGCCGCGGCAGGCGCCGCGAUGACGGUGAUCGUGAGCAAGUCGUCCAACAAGGGCCAGGAGGCGUACGCUGCUGCGGGGACCAUUGUGGAGGAGUGUGUCUCCGCUAUUCGCACUGUCAGUGCCCGCCCUCUCUCCCGCCCUCUCCCUCUCUCCCCCUCAUGCUUUCCCUACUCCUCUUUUCCCCUUGCUCGUCCUCCUUCUGUACUCCGCCUUUUUCCGCCUCCACUUUUGCCCCUCUUUCUUCCCGCCCUCGCUCUCUCUCUGUCGCUCUUCCCUGCCUUAUCUCACCCGUCCAUGCUCCCACAUCUCCCACACGUGGCGGCAUUCACGGGCGAGCACAGGGCAGUGCAGCAGUACACAGUGAAGCUCAACAAGGCGUUCCGAGAGGGCAUGAAGCAGAGCGUUGGCGCAGCGGCGGGUAUCGGGUUCACGGUGCUGAUCAUGUUCUCCUCGUACGCGCUCGCGCUGUGGUACGGCUCCAAGCUUAUUGCCGACGCCAGCUACACCGGCGGAGACGUCUUCACAGUGCUCUUCGGGGUCCUUAUUGGCGGCAUGUCGCUGGGGCAAGCAGCCCCCAACGUGUCAGCCUUCGCCUCAGGGCAGGCAGCAGCCGGGAAGAUCUUUGAGGUAUUGGAGCGACAGCCGGUGAUAGACAGCGGCAGCGCAGAGGGGGAGCGCCCAGCGGCGUGCGAGGGAGCGCUGGAGCUGCGCGAGGUGACGUUUGCGUACCCGUCGCGGCCAGACGUGCCCAUAUUCCAGAGCUUCAGCCUGGAGGUGCCGGCGGGGCGGACCAUGGCGCUGGUGGGGGAGAGUGGCAGCGGCAAGUCGACGGUGGUGGCGCUGGUGGAGCGCUUCUACGACCCGCAGAGCGGAGCCGUGCUGCUGGACGGCCGCAGCAUCGCCGCUCUCAACCUGCGCUGGCUGCGCCAACACAUGGGGCUCGUCAGCCAGGAGCCAGCGCUCUUCGGCACGAGCAUCCGCCAGAACAUCGCCUAUGGCAAGGAGGGUGCCACUGAUGAGGAGAUCCGAGAGGCCGCACGCCUUGCCAAGAUCCACCACUUCAUCUCCUCGCUGCCCAACGGCUACGAGACGCAGGUGGGGGAGAGGGGAACGCAGCUGUCGGGGGGGCAGAAGCAGCGGGUGGCGAUCGCGAGGGCGAUUCUGCGGAAUCCGCGGGUGCUGCUGCUGGACGAGGCGACGUCCGCUUUGGACGCGGAGAGCGAGCAGGCGGUGCAGGCGGCGCUCGAUGCGCUCAUGGGCGCGCGCACCACGCUCGUCGUCGCGCACCGCCUCUCCACCGUGCGCCGCGCGUACUGCAUCGCCGUGCUGCAGCGCGGGCAGGUCGUCCAGACCGGCACCCAUGCCGCGCUGCUCGCCCAGCCUGAAGGCGCCUACGCCCAACUCGUGCGCCUGCAGCAGCUGGCGGAUCCGGGCCAAGGGGAGGGGGAGGAAGGAGGAGAUGAGAAGGGAGAGGCGGUUGUGAAUAGGGAGGGGAAGGAGGGUGUAACUUCGAGCGCUUUGCAAACAGUUGCGGAGAAUGGGAAGGCAGCGGGAGCAAGGGUGGCCCCGGUUGAGGGUGCUAGUACUGUUGAUGGGGAAGGUGUUGGUGGUAUGAAGAAGGCGGGAGGGGACGAGGAGGAUGGGUUGAUGAGCGAGGGGAGAGAUGUGGAGAGCGGUGCGGGGGAGAAGCAGGGUGAGAAGGCAGGCAGUGGGGGCUUUUUCAGCUCACUGCUGCGGAAGCGCAAGGGAGGGAACGGCGAACGGAAGGCAGGGAAGGCAGGGGAGGAAGGGGAGGGAGGGGACGGUGAGGAGGGCGAGGAGAAGAAGAAAGUGGCAUUCAAAGACACGCCAAUGGCUCGUCUGGCCAUGCUGAACAGGCCCGAGUGGCCGUAUGCCAUCCUCGGAUCCGUCGCAGCAGCCGCUCACGGCGUGAUCAUGCCAUUCUUCGCGCUCAUCCUCUCCAACAUCAUCACCACCUUCUACAACCCAGACAUCUCCCAGAUGCGCAGCGACGCGAAUUUCUGGGCGGGCAUGUUUGUGGUGCUGGGCGCGAGCGCGUGCGCGGCCAUCGCGUGCCAGACGGUGCUGUUCGGUGUGGUGGGGUACUCGCUGAUUCGGCGCGUGCGCGCGCUCUGCUUCUCCUCUGUGCUGCGGCAGGAGAUAGGGUGGUUUGACAUGGAUGAGAACUCCAGCGGUGCCAUCGGUGCGCGCCUCUCAACAGACGCGGCGCAGGUGCGGGGAAUGGUGGGCGAUCAGAUGGCGCUGAUGGUGCAGAACCUAGCAACGGUCAUCCUGGGCCUCGUGCUGGCGUUCCGAGCCAACUGGCAGCUGUCGCUCGUGAUUCUCGCCAUUGUGCCGCUGCUGGCUAUCACUGGCGCUGCUCAGAUGCAGUCGCUCAAAGGCUUCUCUGAAGACGCCAAGGUCAAGUUUGAGGAGGCGUCGCGGGUGGCGAACGACGCGGUGGGUGCGAUGCGGACGGUGGCGGCGUUUGGAGCGGAGCAGCGCGUGCAGGAGCUGUACAACGAGCGCUGCAGCACGCCCAUCCGCGCCGGCAUCCGCAAGGCGCACGUCAGCGGCAUCGGCAUGGCCGUGGCUCAGUUCUCCAUCUUUGGCGUCUACUCCCUCGCAUUUUGGUUCGGAGGGAAGCUUGUACAACAGGGGAAAACCACGUUUCAAGACGUUUUCCAGGUCUUCUUUGCGAUUGUGUUCACAGCAACAGGCAUCGCCCAGGCAGCAGCACUGGCCCCCGACAUGCCCACGGUGCAAGCAGCAGUGAACUCCAUAUUCCGCAUUUUGGACCGCCAGUCAAAGAUCGACCCGGAGGCGGGAGGGGAGGAGCCCGAGGAGGUGCUGGGCGAGGUGCAGUUCCACGCCGUGUGCUUCGCGUACCCGGCUCGACCCAACAUCCCCAUUCUUACCGAUUUCAACCUGACUGUGCCGUCCGGUCAGACGGUGGCGGUGGUGGGGGAGAGUGGCAGCGGCAAGUCGACGGUGGUGGCGCUGGUGGAGCGCUUCUACGACCCGCAGAGCGGAGCCGUGCUGCUGGACGGCCGCAGCAUCGCCGCUCUCAACCUGCGCUGGCUGCGCCAACACAUGGGCCUCGUCAGCCAGGAGCCAGCGCUCUUCAACAUCUCCAUCCGCGACAACAUCGCCUACGGCCGCGCCGGCAGCGGCGGCGCCAGCGGGGGGGAGAUCAGCGAGGCGGAGAUUGUGGAGGCGGCGCGGGCGGCGAAUGUGCACGGGUUCAUCUCGGGGCUGCCGCAGGGGUACGCCACGCUGGUGGGGGAGCGAGGCGUGCAGAUCUCCGGCGGGCAGAAGCAGCGCAUUGCCAUCGCUCGCGCCAUCAUUGGUGACCCGCGCCUGCUGCUGCUGGAUGAGGCCACGUCAGCUCUGGAUGCGGAGAGUGAGAAGGUGGUGCAGACAGCACUGGAAAAGGUCAUGAAGAAUCGCACCACUAUAGUCGUUGCCCAUAGGUUGUCUACGAUCAAGGAUGCGGAUUGUAUUGUGGUGAUGCAGAAGGGGGUGGUGGUGGAGCAGGGGAAGCAUGAUGAGCUGAUGGCUGGUGGAGGGGUGUACUCCAGUCUUGUUUCGAUAAAGUAG